CAAAGAGUAACUCUUUGAUUAUCUCGGAUUGUUAAAAGCUUUUUGUUAUAAUUAUUGAUUUGUAUUUUAUUUCGUUAAUAGUCACUCAUUGAAAUAUCUAACUACUAUCCUUUCAUAUAAGUUGUCUACAAUUAAAUGCCUGUUAAUAGUUAGUUUAUUUAUAUGGUUGAUUGUAAUUUAAUCAAUUCCUGAUAAUUGUUUACACUUAAAAUUCUGUGUACCUUCAUGUCAAAUGUUUAAAAGCUGCUUUAGGUUAAAGUUUAAUGUCUCAAAUUGCAAAAAGUUAACAUCAUCUUUCAACAAAUUUCAUCGAGAAAUCAACACCAAAGCAAAUAAUAUGUUAGAAACUAAAUUGAUUACCGGUAAAAAUGAUAUUAAGUCAAUUGUCGAUGAUAUUGAUACGAUAAUAAGUGAUUGUGAUGGAGUUACUUGGAUAGAGAAACGGCCCAUUGAAGGAGCUGCAGAUUUCUUCAAGAAAAUGAGAUCGAUGGGAAAACGGAUUGUUUUUGCGACCAACAAUAGCACCAAAUCUCGAGAAUCAUUACUGGUCAAAUUGAACUCGCUUGGAUUUGAAUCAACCAUAGAUGAAGUGAUGGUAACAAGUUUCGCUACUGCAAUUGCCCUUGGAAAGUUAUCUUUUACUGGUAAAGUCUUUUGUCUUGGUUCACCAGUUUUAAGAGCUGAUAUUGAAUCGGCUGGGUUCAAUGUAGUCCCUCCAUCUUCACAAAUUAAUGAGGAUGAGGAAGAAGCUAAGCUGUUCAAUGGAGAUGGAAUCGAUUAUCAUGCUAUUCCAUUUGAUCCGGAUGUUUCUGCUGUGGUUAUUGGUAUGACUUACAAAGUUUCCGCUAUAAAAUUGAUUAAAGCUUGCACUUAUAUUUCAAGAGUAUCACCUGAUUUAAUAAUGUCUACAAAUACUGAUUUCUCGUUCCCUGGACCGAAGGGAGUCGUUAUUCCUGGUACUGGCAGUUACGUUCAAUUAAUUGAAAAUGUUACCAAAAGAAAGAUGUUUUCUAUUGGAAAACCAAAUAAAACCUUCUUUGAAUGUAUCAGGCAUAUUCAUCCAACUGUGAACCCUGAUCGAACUAUGGUUAUUGGAGAUAGAUGUGAUACUGAUAUUGCAUUUGGUUAUAACAAUGGAUUUAAAUACAAGUUGCUAGUUGGUACUGGAGUCAAUAGUUUAGCUGAUGUCAAACAAUUUGCCGAUGAUAAGCUUGAAGAUCUUGUACCGAGCCAUUUUGCUCCAAGCUUGAAUGACCUGAACCUUUAUCUAUCAGAUUGAUAUUUAUUGUACUUUUCGACUUGUUGAUUAUUUAGUUAUUUUAAAUGGUGAUUUUAUUUAUUUAAUCCAGUUCAAUCUUAACAAUUCAUGUCAUUCAGUCUUGAUUGAAAUGAUAAACCAUGCUGUUGCGUAAAGAAGUUUAUUAAUUUGAUUAAUUAAUCUGAUUUAUUUACGAGAUGAAAGUCACAAUCUUCAACUCAUAAGUGGACAAAAAAAUUGCCGAACCAUCACACAGGUUCAAUGAUUUUAAGAGUUAGAUUAACAUUAAAAGUAUUUAUAGUUGUGAA